UGGGGGAAGGGCCAGAGUCCCCCCUUCUCCCUCUCUCAUACCACCUUCAACCGUGGGAGACUUCGUGUGGGAUGAAGUACACAUGAUAAUGCACAUAUUUUUGUAAAAAGAUAUUGGGAAAAUGAAGAUUGACAUUGGGAGAGGUUUUUAAUUGUUCGUGGAUUUGAUGGGAGUAUAAAUAUUGGAGGUUUGGUGAUGCUAUGAUGGAGAUGUUGGGAAUUGUUGAGGUUGUUUUUGGAGAAUGGAUGGUGACAGGGGGACUUGUUCAUUUGUAAUGCAGAGAGGAGAGAAUUUCGAUGAUCAUUGAAUGGCUGGAGAAAUAUGAGAAGCAAUCAUCGAAGAACCGGAGGGUGUGGGGUAGAUGUAAGCAUUGCCUCUAAGCCCUUUUGAUUGUAAGACAGCAAACUGAUGAGCAGGAAGAGCAGUAGUCGAUUUGCUGGUUGACUGGAGAGGGGAAUCUCGAAAUAAAAUUGAUAAAAAAAGGUGAAGUAACUGUUUUCGUCUUUUGUUGGGGAAAGAUGAAUCUCAAAGAUUUACGAAACCAUCAUGAUCAUCAUCAUCGUCUGAAAACGAUGGAGAAGAGGAAUCAGAUGAAUAUCGAAGUUACUCAUAAGACAGUUGUUGCUGUAUUGGAGAGGGUAUUUGUUGAAUUAGAUCUCCAAGAGAUUUACUUAUUGAAAAAAAUGUCAACUAAUCGUCAACAAAUCUGUUGCGAAGAUGUGAAUAGAAAAAUGAUGACAAGGAAGAAUGCGUGAAUGACGCGGCUUGAUUAAGAUCUUCAAAGAGAAUCACGGCCAUCAGUGUUGCUCGUACGACAGUCGUUAUCGAGAGACUUGAAUCUAUUAGCAGAAGAUUCCAGAAUGACUAAAUAAAUACUGUUCUCAGGGCGUUUAAUUCGUGUCCAAAUCACAGAAGACAUGGAUCAACACUGGAGACAAGCCAGAUCUUCAAUUAGAUGUCAAGAUUAUCAACAGUAAUAAAUGGUUUUUUUAUUCAAAAUAAUUGUUGCCCUCCACUGUAUCAUUUUCUGGCGGAAGUUGUGAAUACCAAACAAUCAUUUCCAACUCCUAAUUAAGACCAAAAGUCCACCAAAUAAACUCCAUCAUUUAUUGCAAAUUUCGGGGGCUCAUUGUAGCCUGUCGAGGAUAGCGACCAACUUCAGGUCAAAGGAAUAUUAAUCAGUCGCACGUGUGAGAGUUUUUGGUGUACGAGAGAGAGUGGAAGCAGCUCGACGAGUGAAAAAAACGUGACAAAAAGUCAUAACAAAGAGAUUAGUGUAGGACAUGAAGUUUAUUAUUUUUGGAUGAUGUCAAGAGGAACUAGUGGUGUGGAUCUAGCCAGCUUCAUUAAAUCACAGUUAUUGUACACUGCAUGGGCUAUUGAACGUACUAAAAAUAAUGCUUUUUUUAAUCAGGGAGAAAACAUCGAGUUAAGUAGAUCAGUUGGACACUUGGAGAAGAAUACGGUCAGUUGGAAAUUGUUGUCGAUGUUGAUGGGAAAUCACGAGGGGAUGGACGCACAGGGGAAGAGUGAUUUGUUGAGGAGGAUUCUUUUAUUUAUUGACAAUAAUCUGGAGGAGAGUGUGGAGAAGGAACUUCUAUCACUCUUCACGGCGAUUCUGUCGGCCCGUCAAGACCCAUCAGGACCAUCGCCACACCUCUCCCCGUCAACCCUAAAAUUCCUCGAAAACAAUCUCCAUCAGCAUGCACCACUAGUUCACUGGACAAUCGACCAGCUUUUGUGCAUCUGGUCACCAAUAUUCUCCGCCACAGACUCCUCACUCCAAGACAUCUACCAAAACGCCCUAAAGGAAAUCCUGAAAAGCGCAUCGAUUCACUCAUCAACGGAAGCCCAGCGCUCCUCCCACCCCGUCAAGAAUACCAAUUUCGUUAAUGAGGAGCACCUGGGAGUCCUCCUCUGUAUCCUCUCGAAGCUCAAGUUGACAGAGGUCAAGGAAAACGAGCUCACCGAGUGGCUCAAUCCAACUCUAGUCAAGUCCUGUGCCUUCGAGGAUGUCGAGCUGUCAUUUUACUCCAGGAAGGACCCGAGAUACUACAAGACCUGGCACAAGUUCCUGGACGACAUUCUGGCUCGAAGGCGAGCCCCAGAUACACUGGAACACGCCCUCAAGAUCACCUAUGCAAUCUUCACCCUGAGAGAGUCUAUCUCUCAUUCCUGUGCAGAUGAACUCCUCAUCAGAACCAUAAAGACUAAAAAUCACUGGUUGUCAGACCUCCUCAGCAUCAGCCACAUGCUCUCCCUCCACAACCGUUUCGACCUCAUUUCAAAAAUACUUCAGAACAAAUCAUUCCCGAGGUUCUGGAUCCUCAUCCUGAUGAAGACCCUCGAGGAGUCCUCAGAAGUCUCCGCAUCGAUGCUCAAAUCUCUCCUCGCAAAGUCCGAACUCAAGCUGUUAAAAAUGGAAAUGUUUGAUCGUCUGGAGAAGACUCUUCACGACCAGGUGGAGGUGCUGGACUGGAUCUCCAAGAACUCAAUUACCUCGGCGAAGCCUUCCCCCAGAAUCGUCUUGAACAACCUCCGGACGUCCUCGAUCCUGUCAGUCCUCAAGACUUUUGUCAAUCUUCACGAGAUUGAUGACGAUGUCAGCCACUUGUUGACCGACUGCUCAGCCUCGAUGACGACUUAUCAGGCGUACUCUGUCAUGCUGAAUCACGUGAAGGCAAUAUUCCUCUGUGAUAACUAUAAUUGUCAGUUUGAGAGGGUCUCGGAGUGCUUCAGCCAGGUGGAAAAAUAUUUGAAUAAUCUCAAUCCUUUGGAGAUCAGACUUGAAAUUAUGGAAAAUAUAUUCUCAAUGAUGUUUAUGAGACAUGAAGACUUCUCGGGUGACAGUAUUUCUGACUGUGGUGAUGAGAACGACGAUCCAUGUGACAAAAAAACGUGGGAGAAGCGGAAUCAGUGCGGCUUCAUAUGUAACAAAUAUGCGAUUAGAGAGACUAUUCAUUAUCUCAACAGAUGUCUUUUCGUCGCGACGAGUGAUUUAUCGUGGGGUCAGGGGAAUGAAGGGCUUGAGGAUAAGGUGUCAGCAAUGAAGAAGUAUCUGACUGAGGCGGUAUGGCGAUUGGAGUUGCUGACGAGCACUGAAUUUAUCAAAAAACAAGGAUUACCAGAUACGGUAGAGAAGACUGGACCAGAAGAGAGUAGGAUCAUUAAUCAGGAAUGUCGGGUGAAUUUUUAUCGGACCAAUGAGAGCUCGGAUGAGACUGAGACUAGGAGUGAUGUGGAUGCUAGCUCCGAGAGCGGAUCGAUGGGAAAUAAUGGCUUUAAUCAGGGGGGACGGAGGAGGAGGAGGUUCAGAAAUAAUUGGAGGAGAGGGGGAGGAAGGGAGUGCAGUCUUAAUUAUAUGCUGGCGACCACGGCGACACUGGUUGUCAGGUGCCUCUGGAAGAAUGAUUAUGCCGAGGCCCAGAGGGUCAUUGAGACAGUCGGGAUGGAGAGCAGCUCUCUGGCAGGAGAAAUUAUGUUUUCUCGUGCGAUCAAGGGAUUUAGGGAGGAUAUCAAGAAACAAAUGAUUGUCGAGACGGAGAGGGAUACUGCGAUACGUUCAAAACAUUCCACAAUUGAUAUAAUUCGUCAGGCAGUGAGAGAAGGUCUUCACACCUCGCGUAAAACCAGUCAACUCGAGACAUUUCUAGCUUCACAAGAGCCCAACAUCUCCCUCAUCUGUAACAAUUUCAACAAUCCCCAUCACCUCAUGAUCCUCACUUCUCUAGACCUAACCCUGACGGCCUCCCACGACUACCUGACCUCCGAGAAUCUAACGGAAGUCACGAAGAAACACUUCGAGUCAUCUGAAAAACUUAAUAACACCCGCUACUUCGAUCUCUUCCAAACAAUCCAUCAACUUCUCCACGAAACAAAGCCAGAGUCAUCAGUCAUCAGUAUCGUCAAUGAUGCCAGGUCCCCACUGUCACUCAAGGACUAUAAAAAACUUUCUCGAUAUUGGUCAGAUUUGGAGGAUAAUCUGAGACUCCUCGAGGGCAUCACAAAGCUUCUCGAUCGAAGUGCCAGCGUCUCAUCGAAGGUAAAAACCGAUUUUUCAAAUUUAUUAACCUUCUGCAAUAACGGCGAUCCUUACCUCCACAACAUCGAGGCUCACCUGGAAAUCCUCGCGAGUAUCUCCCCGAAGGUGGAGGACUCCAUGGACCUAUCACUCUUGAAUAACUCCCUGGACUUUUACAUCGGUUAUCAAAUAUUCACUUUGAACGCGGACCUUCAGCUGCUCGAAACAAUCGCAAAUGAUCUUCAGAUCAAUCUUGUCUAUAGCAUCCUAGUCAAUUGUUGCCCAAAGCUCCAGUAUUAUGACCCCAUCGAGUCGAAAGUAACAUCCGAUCGGUGGGGAUUACUUGUCCUCAACAGGUUCCCUGAACCCUCGGUACUCCCUGAAAUGUCAACAGAUCCAAAUCAGUGCGUCAGAGAAAUCCUGUCAGAAAUUCUUGAUCUGAUCAAAGACUUGUAUUCUGAUGCAUCAGUUCUGAUGCACUCCCAGUUAGUCGCCCUGUCGAAGAGUCAGAAAGUUCAAGAUGUCUUGAGAAAGACGGAACUGCUGUCUUCUGUCGAUCUGAGUCAUCUGUCAUUCGGCAAUCACACGUUAUCGUUUUUCCUGAAUCUCUGGAAUCUUCUGUUCUUACACACGACGAUCAAUAUUUGGAGUCAAGAUCCACCUCAUAAUCAUCUCCGACACACGGUCUCGCUUCGAACGAUUGGUUAUGAGGUGGGUGAUCUUGGAUUCGUGAGCAUUUUUAGUCUGAGAUCAAAAUUACUGGGGACUUUGCCAGCUGAUUACGGUCCGUGUUUUGAGUCCCAUGUUGAGGAGCUGAAUGAGCCCGCCUGGCAAGAUCUAGACCUCCAGCAGGACCCCAGGAGCAUUUUUGGGAUGAUCAAUGAAUAUGAAGUGUCGCCGAUCCUCAAUGUCUAUCAUCCGGACAGUAUCAACGAGGACUUGAACUCCGCGGUGGAGGGGUACGUAGGCUUCUACACAGACGCUGCUGGAGAACAAGCUAAGUUACCCGAGGUCUUCCAGAAGAUGCAAGAGGAGACACCCGCAGCGGGUAAUACUGAGGUCAACGAAUCCAAGUACAUAUACGGCGUCAAGUUGAGGUAUGGGAAAAGUCCUGAGGGAUCGGAUGGAAUUGAUUGGUCGUCUCCAGCAGAUGACGCUUGGAAAACACGAGAUAUCUCCCCGAAUCUCCUGCACUACCUCGAGAACCACUGCUGGUUACUCUGCUAUCUAGUCCAGCGGAUCCACGAAAAAUCUCCAUCUGAUUUCCAAAAUCACAGAACAGUCGUACUAGAAAACCUCCUCAAGUCGUCUUCAACUGAUAACUUGAAACUAUUAUUUUCCGACAACAAAGUCCUCGCAGGUCUGCAAAAUCACCUCCCAGUGAGGCCCCUCUGGGACAUCCUGGAGAGAUUUCUGUCAGAGAAAGAACUGAAGAGAUCUCUGGAGCUCUUGGAAAAUCUCCCCGAUGCUUUUCUCCUCAAGAAUCUCGAGGUUCAGAAGGUAAAGGACAAAAUUCUUUCCGAAAUGAUCGACAAUGAGGAUCCAAACAGUCCUGAGAUCCUCCAGUAUCUCUACCAGAUUCAGGACGAGCAAACCUUGGCUCAAGUUAUCAUGUCAAAGGUGAAGGUUUGGCCCGUGAGAACCUGCGAGGAGGCUCUCAAACACCUGCUCCGACACUUCCGCAGAGACGCAAUUCCAUCUCACUGCAAAUUCUAUCUUAACGAGAUCCUCUGCAGGGUCAUGGUCUUUGACAAAAUGCUUCCUUACUUCAAAAAUCAAGUGGAAAAGUCGGAGCAGAACUGGUACGAUGUUGUAUAUAGAACCGAAAAGACUGAUCCAACUAAGAUCGUGAAAUCUCUGAUUGAUGGACAACAGUUCGAGUUAUGUUUGGUAUGGUUGGAGUAUCAAACAGCAUGCUCGGACAUUCACUCAUUAGUAUCAGAGGAUCUCUUCCUGGGGCUCCUUAACAACAAAGAAGACGACUUCAAGCACGCCCAGAAGCUUCUCAGUGCCCUUCCCCUUGGACAAUCCCAGAAGCUGUGCAAAGGAGUCAUCGAGAAGCUGCAAUCCAUAGAAGCUCUGAAGUUCGUCGUCUCUUACCUCCUGGAGAAUUCCCCUGACAAAAAGAAAUACAAGAGAGGAUCACUUGGUGUUGAUAUUCUUACGAUACUAGACGUUAAGGAUCGAUGUCACUACGUCCACCUGAUCACCGAACCUCUCCUCCUUCUAGAGCAGCUCCUCAUGAAUUCGAAGUUUGAUAAUCUUAAGAGGAUUCUGAAGACGUACACGAGGCAGCUGAAAGCUCUGGGAUUCACUAUCGAAAAGUUCGACAGAAUCGUGAGAUUCUACGCGAGAAAAUCUCUAGAUCUGAGGGUGGCCACUCAACGUGAUCAGCUGGAAACGUCUAGACUCAGGGAUUCACCAGGACACGUUCCUGAUUUCGUCAUGCCUUUGCACCCACCAACGCGUGACGAAUGGAUUCCCAAUGACAAAGCUAGGGAGUGCAGUUGCUGCAGAAACGUCAUCUUCUCAAUGUUCAACAGACGACAUCACUGCCGAAGGUGUGGUCGAGUUGUCUGCGGAUCCUGUUCACAUCAGAGGAUGAUGGUGGCCGGUUACGCCAAUUCGGUUAGAGUCAGGAUCUGCAAUGACUGCAAGAAACAGACAGCUCAACUCCAGGCGGUUCCCUCGGCGUCCAGCAGUGAGUCCUUUGACUGUUGGAAGUUAACGACUCACGAGGGCCAUAACAAGACCCUAAGAGAAGAAUUUUGCUUUGAAUAUGCGCCGAAUAUAUCUCUCUGUCUAGCCAUUCUCGAUCUUCAUUCCGAUCACGAGGCGUAUGCCAACUUCCUGCAAGAUCGUUGCGACGAGAUGAAACGACUUCUCUAUCCCGAUACAAAAGGACAGAUAAAUCGUGAGAUCGAUCACGCCUUGAUCAUCAAGAUGAUCACGUCGUUGUUGAUCGCGGCGAAGGUCAAGUAUGCACGACUUGGAUUGAAUACAGGACUGACCCAUUGUGAUCGAUUUCUAUCACAAGUAGAUCUUAUUGAUACGUUGGUGCAGUCCGAUUGCCUGUCGCUGCUGCCACGCGAUGAUUUGGAUGAGCACACGUUCAGAAGACUGAGGGAUCUCUUCACUGAGAAGGAGCAGUGGAUCCUCGCUCUGGACGUGAGUACGAAAUCAGGAUUGGAUACUCAGGGGGUGUGGGCUGCCUGGGGAAAGGCCUGUCUGAAAGUUGGGUACUACGAGAGAGCUAGAGAGAAGUUUGUUCAUUGUUUGGAGAAGGUCAGUCAAGAGGAUUUUGACGAUUGGGUCAUUUUACCACACCCCUCACCAAAGACCAAUCGAAAUGAACCGAAGUCCGUCAAGAAUCGACCCAGCAAGGAUCCUCCCCUGGUCGGUGAGAUCCUUCAGAUUCUUGAGAAUUCAAAUUCCACUGAGCAGUAUUCCAAGUCUCACGUUCACACGAAAAAUUCGAAAGCUCAGGAGAUCAUGGCGACUUUGGGAAAUCUCAAAGCGAUAUCUCAUGGACAGUACAUUGUACCCAAACUCACCAUCACGAGCAAGAACAUUCGGUAUCAAGAGAGUCUGUACUACCUUCUGAUGUACGGGAGUUGUAAUUCAAUACUGGAAUUCUUCAUUCGCCAUGAUGAGCUGGACAAGUGUCUGUCCUAUACUCUGGAGAACGAGAUCGAUCCAGAGAUCUUCUUCAAUGUCGUUAUCAUCGGUUGCCUGAAGAUUGGAAAGCUCGGAAAAUUGUGGGAAACCAUGAGAUCCAAGGACGCGAGUCUCCUCACCUGGAAGAAAUAUCUCAUCGCAACGUGUCUUUACCUCGAACGAAAACAACUGAUGAACACGCUUUAUCAAUUUCAACUCUUCAUGAAGGAUUACGUGAGAGCAGCCAUGACUUGUAUUAAAUUCUACGUCACGGAUGCUACGGCUUACACGGAUCUGUGCACUAGAACGCAGUUUCUCACGGAAGCCCAGAAGCAUCUUGAAUCGGAGCUGCAGAUGGAAAAUUUUGGGAAGAAGAGACGAAAGAGCGUUUCCUCCUGUGCGAGUAGUCAGUCGGGAUCGUUGACGAUGGAGAUGGAGCCAUCAGAAAUUGAUAAACAUAUUAAUACGAUCUCCCGACAGAUGGAGAUCGCCAAGUUCCUGGGGAAUUGUGAAAAAGAGGGAAGGAAUGUUAACGAUUACUUGAGCAAGCUCUCGUACAUGGAGUCUGAGGGUCUCCAACCGAGAUCUGUACCAACUCUGUUUGGAAAUCAGAAAGAGAGGACGCACCUAGCUGUUUUGGCUAUUUUAUGUGGAAGGGACGUUGAGGAGGGCUUUGGCUUUGCCUUCAGGAUCAUGCAGGACUACUACCUGUCACCGCAGAAGGUCUACUCCCUUGUUGGCCAUAUCCUUGCGUUGGACAAGAGGGUAGGGUCUAUUGAGCAGCUGAUAAAGUGCUGCAGGAGCUCAGGUGCACCGAACUCGCAGGUGAUAUCUGACAGAGUUCUUGCACAUUGUGUCAAACUUCUAUUGGACAAGUGCAAAGCUGAAGCUUCCCCAAGUCCAAAGGAUCAGAUUGACAGCUUGAUCAGGAUCAUCAAUGAUGUUGAGAUGAAGAUCGAUUCGUAUAUUGAGAGCAAACAACUCAAGGCUGCUUAUCUACUAGCUGUUAAGCAUUCUAGGGGUCAGGACAUCAGGAAAAUUCUCAGGGAAGCGGAUAGACUCGGCCAAGGAGCUAUCAAGUCCAUCUGCACCAAGUGGCUUCAGCAAGUUAAGAAGUAAGUCAGGAAGUCCAUUGAGUCAGUCGUUUAUGCAUUUGUUUUAAUCAAUGAUCAGAUGUUACAACGCAUUUUGUUAAUUAUCAACAAGAAUUACAACUGCCGAUAUUUUUUUGAUUGAUAAAAACCGAAUGAUGCUUUUUGGAGAUUUCUUUCGUUCGCACUUCAAGAGGCGAAAACAUAAUCUGUGAUAUGUAAAACACACACCGUGACUCACAACGUGAUAUGUUCGUAUAAAAUAUAUUAUAUAUUUAUGAAAAUUAUGUUUAAGAAUGUAUUGUUUUGAAAAUAAUCUCAAUAAAGAAGCUCGAGACGA